CCGGGGUCGAGCACGAGCAUGUCGUGAGAGGCGAGCCUAGCUGGGGAGGACUCGACACCAGGACCUGAACCGGAGCGUUAACGGGACCUGAAACGUUACCGGGGGAAGAUGGUGAAGAGGAAGAGCCUGGAGGACAGCGACCAGGACUGCGGGAAGGGGGUCCCGUUCCCCAUCCAGACCUUCCUCUGGAGGCAGACCAGCGCCUUCCUGCGUCCUAAAUUGGGGAAGCAGUAUGAGGCGUCCUGCGUGUCCUUUGAGCGGGUGCUGGUGGAGAACAAGCUGCACGGCCUGUCCCCGGCGCUGUCCGAGGCCAUCCAGAGCAUCUCCCGCUGGGACCUGGUCCAGGCGGCGCUGCCCCACGUCCUGCACUGCACCUCCAUCCUGCUGUCCAACCGCAACAAGCUGGGCCACCAGGACAAGCUGGGCGUGGCGGAGACCAAGCUGCUGCACACGCUGCACUGGAUGCUGCUGGAGGCGGCCCAGGAGUGCAACCCCGACCCCGGCCAGGGCCAGGGGUCCGGUCAAGGCCAGGGGUCCGGCCAGGGCUGGGCGGGGGGCAGCGGCAGCAGCAGCGGGUACCUCCAGCCCCAGGCCAACCAGGGCUCCUCCCCGGGCCCCGGCCCCGGGCCGGCCCUGGGGGGGUCGGGCCCCCAGCGCAGCGCCUCGUUCCAGGAGGAGGAGGAGAACCAGCGCUCCAAGAUGUUCCACAAGAGCAUGUCCACCGUGGAGCUGUUUGUCUUCCUGUUCGCCCCGCUCAUCCACCGCAUCAAGGAGUCCGACCUCACCUUCCGAUUGGCCAGCGGCCUGGUCAUCUGGCAGCCAAUGUGGGAGCACCGACAGCCAGAUGUUCCCGCCUUCUCCGCGCUCAUCAAACCUGUCCGAAACAUCGUCACAGCCAAGAGGAACUCCCCCGUGAACCACCAGUGUAGCCCCGCGGGAUCUGGCAACCCGUCCCCCCUGGGGUUCCAGGUGGUCUGCGAAGCUGUCCAAUCAGACUCUUCCUCGCCAGGGGGCGGGGAGCAGAGCUGUCGUCGUGGUAACUCGGUGGAAAAGGGAGGCAGGGCCUUUCAUCCCCCCGUAGAGGUCAGGGGGCCCGCCAAGAAGAAACCUCCCCCGGGGCCCCCGGGGCGGCCCUCGUACGCCCACCGGGGGAACGUGGAACCCCCAGGAACAGUAAAACACACCAGCGGCGCCCCAAUAAAGACUCAGGGGCCCGUGCGGCUCCAGGCCCCCGCAGUAACUCUCGGGGUGGACGCACAGAGCGGCAGCCUGUACCUCCAGCAGACGGCCCUGAUUAAACCAGUUUACCAGCCUCCGGUGGCCAGCUGCUGCCUGGCUCUGCUACCGGGGCGUCCGACCCCCCAGGACGCAGCGGGGCCCUCCCAGGGAACGACGGUUCCCACAGUCCGGGGCCCCGCUCGGGCCCCUCUGGCCCCCAGUGGACCCAGGAAUGCGCGAUACCGAGGUAAACAGGAAGACAGCGCCUCUCUGAUCACCAACAUGGCCGCCGAGCAGGAAGUGGCGGGCGUGAAACCAGGAAGUGGCUCCACAUCAGUCGGGUGCGUCAAGGCCCCCACCCGAACCACGAGACAAACAGGGAGUCUGGACACCAGGGUCAGAGGUCACAUGAACUCUGCAUAG